GGUCAUUCCUUUAAGUACGUCGCCCUUAUAUUCCUCUCAGCGUUCCUCGAAAUUCGCCUCUCCGUCUCUCUCUCUCUCUCUCUCUCUCUCUCUUAGGGUUCCUUACCGAAUCGAAUCGAAUCUGUAUCAAGAAGUGUUUGUUCCUAGAGAAUCCGAGAAGAUUAGUUCUUCCAUCGGCUUCUCGGACUUCUGGAUGGUAGUUUUCAUCCGUUGGACACAAUUUAACGGGUACAUUUAGUCGCCUGUGAACUUUUAGACAAAAGUUUUCUGAAAUAUCAAUAUUAACAAACGAAGAUUGGGGGGGGGGGGGGGGGGGGGGGGCACUGAAGGAAGACUUCAAAUCUAUUACCCCGAGAUUUCCCAAAUGUCAAUAUGGCAACAAACCUUAAAGAGAAGGUCCAGGAGGAUGCCAGUGAUGGCAAUGAUGUAGCUGAGGAUGUGGAUUUAGGCGGAGGUAUCUCAGAUUUUGCUAGUGCACUCUGGGCACUUAAUUUUGAGCAAUUUUUCUGUUCCAAGGUUUUACGCAUUAAAACUUGCUGCUGCAGUUCAUCAUGAGAUCUAUGAAUUUGAAUGGAAGUUUUCUAUAGUUCUGCUGCUUUUUGGAGGUGCCUGACUUCUUCUCGAGAUUUUUCAACAUGCCAAAGGAGAGAAGAGACCGUUCGAUGUCUCGUGAUGUGUACAGGGCAUCUCCUUUUUCAUGCAGUUCUAGUUGUGCUAGACGAUCUUCACCAAGAAUUCCUUUAGAAACGAAGGAAAACUUAAAGGAAUGGGAAGAAGCUAGGUGCCCUGUUUGCAUGGAACAUCCUCACAAUGCAGUUCUGCUAAUCUGCUCAUCUCGUGAGAAGGGAUGCCGACCAUACAUGUGUGAUACUAGCUACCGCCACUCAAACUGUCUUGAUCAGUUCCGAAAGUCAUUUUUAGAAACCUCAUCAACAAUAUUGGGACCUGAUGACACUCUUUCAACCACCCGCUUGUCUCCUAAUGAGACUUCAGAAUUGACAGUUACUGAGGUGCAAGAAGAAAGAAGUGAGGAAGUGCACCCCCCUUUGCAUCCCAUCUCUUGUGAGAAUCAGGAGCAACCAAAGUUAGUGUGCCCCCUAUGUCGUGGACAGAUACAAGAAUGGAUUGUUGUUGAGCCUGCUCGUCAUUUCAUGAAUGCGAAAUUAAGGAGCUGCUCCUGUGAGACAUGUACUUUCACUGGCACCUAUACAGAUCUCAGGAAGCAUGCUAGGCUUGAGCACCCCCUUGUGCGCCCAUCGGAGGCUGACCCAGAGCGACAGCGUAAUUGGAGGAGGUUGGAGCGACAGAGGGACCUUGGAGACUUGCUCAGCACACUGCAAUCUUCAUUUGGAGAGGAGAGGGGUGAUGACAACAUUUUGCCCAUUGAUGAUGGGGGUUGGCUGACUGUAUUCUUUCUCAUUCGGGUUUUUCGACCUGGUUCUAGUCCAAGAAGCGGCAGCUGGUCUGGUACCUCGCGAACCAGAGCACAAAUGAGCAUUAGAAGGAGAUCUAGUAGGCUUUGGGGGGAGAGCUAUGAUGGUGAAACUGGAUCUUCUUCCCGAGACGAGGACAAUGACUCAUCUGAUGGUGGCUCAGUUCCUUGGAGGCGCCCUUUGUGGCGGAGGACAACUCCAGACGAGGAGCCAUAAUUGCAGAACUUUGUGGGCACUGUUUCAUUGUUUGUUUCAAGGUGGACAGAAGGGAAGAAAAGUUGGAAGUUCUUUCACUUGUGCAUCGGAAUUCUGUUCCACUGGACGUGGGACGGUUUUGUUGAUUAAAGUUGCUGGAAUGUUACUAAAAGAAAUUGUAAUCUAUAGAAAAGCUUUUAAUUGAAUCACAUUUUCUUUCCCUAGAAGCUUUCCUUCAUUUUGCCUUAUGCUGCAAUUAUAUCAAAGUCUCUUUGAACAAUGAAGCGUGUAAUAAAUAUUUUCAUUCUUGGCAGUACUUGGGCUGCUGCCAAGUUCC